CCCAUUGAAAACAAGAAUUAUAAAAUAAAAUCUCAAUGGUCCUUUAAUCUUAAACUAUAUGUGGAGGGACGAAAAGAUGGCGGUGAGUCAUCUCUAUAAAUAUGUACCAACCAUAUAUCACUUUCACCAAUAUCAUUCUUUUUUCUCUUCAAACAUCCACAGUGCCUCUCCCUUCAGUUAGUUCCUCAUCAAUCAUCUUUUGCUGCUUCCGGUUCCCCAAGAUGGUUUGCAAGCAAUGCCUUAGCCAGGCGCGAAAACCCAAGUGCCGCAGAGGGCUGUGGUCGCCGGAGGAAGAUGAGAAGCUCCAAAAUUACAUAUUGGAAAAUGGACAUGGAUGUUGGAGCACCGUCCCGAUGAAGGCAGGGUUGCAGAGAAAUGGGAAGAGUUGCAGGCUGAGAUGGAUCAAUUACCUGAGACCUGGACUCAAACGAGACGUGUUCACGGAGCGGGAGGAAGAGAUCAUUAUGGGCCUUCAUGACGUGCUUGGAAAUAAAUGGUCCCAGAUAGCCUUCCAUUUACCUGGACGCACGGACAACGAGAUAAAGAACCACUGGAACUCCCACCUGAGCAAGAGGAAAGCGGCGCAGGCGAGGCUGAAUCCUCGCCGUCCAACCACCUCGACGCCGCCACUUUCUGAGGAUGUUCCGCCCAACCCCUCGUCUUCGGCAGAGUCCGAAUCGACCACGUCCCCGACCUCAGACACCUCGUCCUCAAGACCAUCGUGCCGAUUCCCCGCCGCAAGUUUGGAAUCAACGGAGCCGUUGUGGUUUAUCACCGACGCUCAGAGUUCAAGCCUUUUAAGCGGCGAUUGCCCCACUGUCAGUCAUGACUCGCCGCCGGUGAAGGGAACGACGCUCAUGAGCCGCCCCCUGCCUAAGCUGCUCUUCUCCGAGUGGCUUGAACCGGAAGACGACCGACGGUACAAUUUCAACGGCCAGGAUGCAACGUUGGCGCCCACGUGUAACCUUGACAACGGCUUGGCUUUUGGUUUUCCGGGAAUGGACGGAAUUCAGAGCGGUGCUGGUGCAGAGACUUCGCGACAUUUUGUGGAGUUGGAGGAGCAAUUUGGGAAUGACGUCGAUCUUCUUGUGGAGGAAGGUCUCUACGACCUGUUGUGUGGGGAGGAUUUGUUCAGCAAGAUCGCUGCUAACACUCAUGAUGUAAUUUAUCAUUAAAAGAGGGUUUUUUGUAUCAGAAAAUAUUUGUUUUCCUUUUUAUUUUAUUUUUUCUCCUACAUAGUUGUGUAUAUGCCUUGUCCAAAAUGAUAAAUUGCUGUUCUUCAGAAAAAAAUGGACAGAAAUCCAAAAAGAAAAAAAAAAAAUCUCUGUGUUCUCUUGCAUUUGCGUAGCAAUUUUAUAAAAAUAUUUGCAAAAGGCUUCCUCAUCAAAAUCUACACGCGGCAACUCAUUACUUCUGAUCUACCUUGAGGAUUUGAAAUAUACAUUGUAGGUGACUAAAGAUUUUUAAUCCGACUACCAUCGAAUUUAGAAAUCUACUGUUGGUUCAAAAAGUGAAGGCAUAAACAAUAUUACUUUUCACCAUUCGAUGCAACUAUUGUCCAAUCAGGCUCUGAAAUUUAGAAAAUUUUCUCAGAUUCUCAGUCCUUUGUUUUUUUUAACAUCAAUGACAAUGCUGACCUUGAACCCACUUGCAAAUAUAGAUCGGUUUUAUGAGAAAAAAUAGAGAAAACAUAAAAAAGAACGAGUGGUUAAAUU